AUGACAGCUACGAUUUCUCCUUCAAGUCGGGCCGACGAGUUAGAGCUCGUUCUCGAAUCAUUAACUAAAACAUUUGUCGAGUACGUUAGAGUGGCAGAUUCGCCUUCAGGGACUAUUGGAAGUUCAGCCGAUCCUAAGGCUUUAGCAACCUCUGUUAAUAUUUCUAUCCCAGAAGAAGGCCAAGGAAUCGAAGGUUUGCUGAAAAAUGUUGACACUGUUCUGGAUAACUCUGUAGUUACUUGGCACAAUGGAUUUUUGGACAAACUGUAUGCCUCGAACAAUUCCGUGGGGGUAGCAGGCGACCUUCUUCUGUCGAUGCUCAAUACAAAUGUUCAUGUAUUCACGGUCUCGCCAGCACUGACAUUGAUAGAAAAGAGGACCGGUCAUGAGUAUGCCAAGCUUUUUGGUUUUACAGGAUCACGGUCUGGUGGACUGACCUUCCCCGGUGGUUCAUACUCGAAUAUCCACAGUCUUCACAUUGCACGAAGUAUUCUCUUCCCAGAUACCAAAACUGAAGGAAAUGGCAACCACAAGUUCGCUGUAUAUGCCAGUAACCACUGUCAUUACAGUGUUGAGAAAGCAGCUAUUCUCUGUGGCCUCGGUAGUAGAUCUCUUUUUAAAGUCAACACUCGCCCUGAUGGUACAAUGGAUACAGAUCACCUUGAACAGCUCAUCCAAAAAACAAUUCAAGAUGGGUAUACCCCUCUAUAUAUUAAUGGUACUGCAGGAACUACUGUAUAUGGAUCUUUUGACGACUUUAAUGCGAUUGCAGAUAUUUCAGAAAAGUAUAAGACAUGGUUUCAUAUUGAUGGAUCCUGGGGUGGUAAUGUCAUUUUCUCAUCUAAGCAGAACUACAAGCUGAAGGGAUCACACCGUGCAAACAGUAUCACAGUAAAUCCACAUAAAAUGCUGGGUGUUCCUUGUACUUGUUCAUUCUUACUGGUUCCUGACGAGGCUACAUUUCAACAGGCAAACUCUCUGCAAGCACCAUAUCUCUUCCACAAUAGCCAUGAUGGUGAUGAUAACUUUGACUUGGCUGAUGGCACCAUGGGCUGUGGUCGUCGUUCAGAUGCUCUUAAGAUGUAUCUUGCCUGGAACUGGUAUGGUACAAAGGGAUUUGGCGAACGUAUCGACCAUUCCUUUAGUGUCACCGAGUACCUUGCUCGCAAGGUCCAUGAAUCUGAUAAGUUUACUUUGAUCUCGGAUCUCCCUCCUCCAUGUCUUCAAACAUGUUUCUAUUUCAACCAUCCAUCAACUCAGUUCAAAUCCAUCUCAGAAAAAGCUGAAGAAAACUCGAACCACACUCGCCAAAUAGUGAGCCAACUUUUCAAGCGAGGAAAAUUUUUAGUCGAUUAUUCACCACACUCAAGUGGAACAGGAGAGUUUUUCCGUGUAGUGGUUAAUUCCCCCAAGUAA